UUACAAGUAUCUUGUCCUGACUGAAAUGCUUCCCUAGGCACUGUCCCCAGGUGCCUCAUGACAAAUACCGCCCUGUGUACACAGAAUAUGACAAGCCGUGCGGUUGUCAGGGCCUGGCCCGGCGUCAUGCGUUGCACAUACACAGUAAUCUAAGGAGCAGAACGGGUUGAGCCCGUCUGCCGAGCCCUGCAGCGAUUUCCUCCCGCACAGCGCAGCGUGUGAACACCGGCAGUGAGAGGGUUACGGCGGAAGAUAGGCGGACCGCGGCUCCUCCCGCCCACAGGAACGAUCCCGCCCGGGCCCAGGCCGCACAGCUGUCCCGCUCCCAUCCGAGCAGCCGUGACCAUGGACGAGGCUGCGGUGCCCAGCGACAAGGUGGAGGGUGACGGGGAGCAGCAGGAGGAGGAAGGCGCCCCUUUUAACCCCUUCCUCCACGAGUUCCACCCGGAGGGCUUCUUCCAGAAAUUGAGGUUCUAUGUCUUGGGUCCAAUACUAUUCCCCUUGCGGUUUCUACUGGCUUCUAUAUUCCUUUUUCUUAUGUGGCCAAUUGCCGCUCUUCGGGUAGCUGGAAUGACAAAGGAAGAUCUCAGCCGACCAAUAAGACACAGACGCACCAUUCUACAUCACCUGAUUUACCUUCUAAGCCGCACUAUGUUCUUCAUGUGUGGUUUCCACUGGAUCACCAUCCGUGGACGCCGCGCCUCCAGCUCUGAGGCCCCACUUCUGGUUGUGGCCCCUCACUCCACCUUCUUUGAUCCCAUUGUUACUGUGGUUUGUGACCUUCCAUCCGUUGUGUCCAGAGUGGAGAAUCUCAACAUUCCUGUGAUCGGAGCACUCCUUCGAUUCAAUCAAUCUAUUAUGGUAUCCCGCCAUGACCCAGCAUCACGGAAAAAAGUGGUGGAGGAGGUGAAGAGAAGAGCAACUUCACAAGGAGAAUGGCCUCAGGUUUUGUUCUUCCCAGAAGGCACAAAUGGUAAUGGAGAUGUUUUGUUGAAAUUUAAACCUGGGGCCUUUGUGGCUGGAGUGCCUGUACAGCCAGUGUUAAUGAGAUAUCCUAACAGACUGCCGGCAACAAUUUGGACUUGGAAAGGGAACGGAGUGCUAAAGGUCCUCUGGCUCACAAUGUCUCAGUUUUACAUCAACCUGGAGAUCGAGUUCUUACCAGUUUAUAACCCUAGUCCGGAAGAGAAAGCAGAUCCUGUGCUGUAUGCCAACAAUAUGCAGAAAUUUAUGGCAAAGGCACUAGAAAAACCAGCUACUGAGUUUGAGCUGAUAGGAGAUACACCAGUUUCACCUCUGGGACACUUGAAAGUUCAGCUGGACCCUAAAAUCUGGGAAAUUGGAAAAAUGCUACAGAAGGCUGGGUUUUCCUUUGACAGUGUACAGGGUCUAAUUGAUCUCUGCUUAGAGGGGGUUUGUUCACGUGUGGGAUUGGAUGAGCUGGCUGAGAAGCUGGGACUCACACAGACUGAUGUCAUUUCCAGAGUUUUCAGCUACUUUAAUAAGGAUGCUAGUGGAAUGAUUGAUUUUCGAGAAGUCUCAUUAGUUCUAGCCGCUCAGGAUGCCACACGUUCUGCAGAGGAGUUGGCAAAGCUGGCUUUUGAUCUGUUUUCUACCUGUGAUGCUGAUGGCUGCUUUUUACUCUCUGCCGAUGGGUUUUCAUCCAUUCUUCGUUCACUGGUGGGAUCACCUCCUGCAGAAAGUGGCAAAGUAUAUUCGGAGCUGUGCCCACAAGAGGCCAGGGGCCUUACCCGAGAUGGAUUUAUGGGAUUUGCUAUAAGCCAUCCUUGUUAUCGACAUCUCUUCUUGUUCUAUCUGCGCCCCCCAGCAUCAGGCCGUAAGAAGCCAUCACGUUUCCAGCAGAAUGGGUACUGUGCCAGGAAGGAUAAUCCUGAGCACAGGCCCAAGUCACAUUAGGGGUUGGGGGUUUUAUUGGGGGUUGGGGAGGUGGGGAGGGUUUCACUCCAAAGGUUUCUUGACAAGGGAGGGGUUUUAUGGUAAUUUUAUGGUUGCUAUAAGCAUGCCCAGCUGCUCUAUCAUAAGAUAGAGAACAUGCAAUAAGAUGUGCUUAUGUGCAUAAUGGGAAAGAUAUUCUCAUGAAUUUCCAUUAAAUCAUUUAGCUGAAAGCUGGGUGCAACAAUUUAAUGGGAAGUGUAGUGAGUGUAGGAACCAGGAACAUGGAGCCUGGCUUUUUAGGAGGAAACAUUCUUUUGAAAGGCAUGCACUGAAAUGGUGUAGGACAGAACAUUGUAAAGCUAUGCUGAAGGAGCAAUAUUCUGCAUGUGUGUAGCCUGGAUAGGUGCGGGUGCAGAGUGGGGGUGACAUUUGCAUCCUAAAUAUCUCAGCUCUCAGGGAAACAGCCUCCCUUCCCCCAAAGAAUUUUAAAUUUGUACCUUUAUUUCAACAUUUUAUCUCUGAUGGUCCCCAUGUAUUACUGCUAUUGUCAUGUUUCUGAAUGAUAUAAUUAUUUUUCAUA